CUCAGCUUAUAAAACGGGCUUGGCGCCUGCGCAGCCAAAACAUUACAACAAACGUCGCGCGCAAGUUAAAAGCCACAUCUCCACCAACUACAAAAUGAAAGUGUUCGCGCUGUGCUCCAUGCUCGCCCUUCUUCUGGCCGGCGCCCAAUCCCUACCCCAGAAUCGUGAGGGAGCUGCCUAUACGAACGAGGCCAUCCGACAGGCCCAGCAGACGCUCCUCAUUCCCAAGGAUGCCCAGAUUCAGAAUGUCCAGGAGGGCAUCGAGUUGGGCGCCUACGAGCAGAUCCCCGGCAACCAGCGCAUCAACCUGUUCGAAAUCCUGGGCGACCAAGUUCCCUCUGAGGUGAUAAAUAACCUGCAGUCCCAGGUCGACCAGAUUGGUCGCAACUAAGUCGUAGGACCAAUCCCUUGGUUAGCUCAUUGCAUUUCGCCCUCAUUUGUUAAGUUUCUCAGUAAUAAAAUGAAAACAUUACCCAUAUUUAA